AGUUUGCCAUUUCUCCGCCGCUGCUUUUUCUCCUCCCUGUUGAGGAGCGGCGCGGUGCGUAAAUCCUUUCCCCUCCUUUGGCACAGCCUCUCCAGCCCUGCCAGAGGAGAGCAGUCGAGCUCCCGGUGGAAGAUGGCGGUGUUAGGGAUGCUGUCUGGGGCCGGAGCAGAGGGCUCGAUCCGCACAAGAGGAGAACCCGGAUGGAUUUAAAGGAAGAAAAAAUGAACUUGUCCGGAUCUAUUUUCCUCAAAAUCUGGACUCCUUGGGGGCUUUUUUUGAUGAACAGCGUCUGCUGAAAGCGGUUUUAGUCUGGCAGAAAUCCGAGACUGCUUGUCGGGGGAUUUACAGACUAUAUACAUUUAUAGCUCGGCGCACAGACAGACCAGACAGGGUGGGAGUAAAAAAAAAAAAAAAAAAGGGGACGAAAAUGUCGGAUACAAAGGUAAAAGUUGCUGUGAGAGUACGACCCAUGAACCGCAGGGAGAUUGAGCUGAAUACAAAAUGUGUGGUGGACAUGGAGGACAACCAAACAAUCCUGCAGCCUCCACCCUCGAAUGCAAAAGGAGAGAACAGGAAACAGUCCAAGGUGUUCGCUUUUGACCACUGUUUCUGGUCCAUGGAUGAAUCCAACGUUCCCAAAUAUGCCGGUCAAGAGGUGGUGUUCAAGUGCCUUGGAGAGGGAAUACUUGAAAAUGCAUUCCAGGGGUACAAUGCCUGCAUAUUUGCCUAUGGACAAACAGGUUCAGGGAAGUCCUUUUCCAUGAUGGGAAACGGAGAGCAGCCCGGUUUAAUCCCUCGGCUGUGCUGCUCUCUCUUUGAGAGGGUCCACAAAGAGGAGAACGAAGCCCACACGUUUAAGGUGGAGGUGUCCUACAUGGAGAUCUACAACGAGAAGGUCCGAGAUCUGCUGGAUCCCAAAGGGAGCCGCCAGUCCCUCAAAGUUAGGGAACACAAAGUUCUGGGUCCAUAUGUGGACGGCCUCUCGCAACUUGCUGUUACCAACUUUGAGGAUAUUGAAGUGUUAAUGUCUGAAGGAAACAAGUCACGCACAGUCGCAGCAACCAACAUGAACGAGGAGAGCAGUCGAUCACACGCCGUCUUCAGCAUAAUCGUCACGCAAACACUCUAUGAUCUGCAGUCCGGAAAUUCAGGGGAAAAAGUGAGCAAAAUGAGUCUGGUUGACCUGGCAGGAAGUGAGCGUGUGUCCAAAACUGGAGCUGCCGGCGAGCGACUCAAGGAAGGCAGCAAUAUAAACAAGUCUCUUACUACAUUGGGGUGUGUGAUUUCUGCUUUGGCCGAUCAGUCUGCGGGGAAGGGGAAGGCCAAGUUUGUGCCUUACAGAGACUCUGUCCUCACCUGGCUGCUGAAGGAUAACCUUGGUGGGAACAGUAAGACAGCCAUGAUCGCCACAGUGAGUCCAGCUGCUGAUAACUACGAGGAGACGUUGUCCACGUUGCGUUAUGCCGACAGGGCCAAAAGGAUUGUCAACCAUGCUGUGGUGAAUGAAGAUCCCAACGCUCGCAUCAUCAGGGAGCUCAGGGAGGAGGUGGAGAAGCUUCGAGUUCAGCUGUCUCAGGCAGAGUCCAUGAAGGCACCUGAGCUGAAGGAGAAACUGCAGGAAUCUGAGAAACUCAUUCAGGAGAUGACAGUCACCUGGGAAGAGAAGCUCAGGAAGACCGAGGAGAUUGCUACUGAGCGACAGAAGCAACUGGAGAGCAUGGGUAUCUCUUUGGAGACCUCGGGAAUCAAAGUGGGAGAAGACAAGAGUUUCCUGGUCAAUCUGAAUGCUGAUCCUGCCUUGAACGAGCUGCUGGUUUAUUAUCUGAAGGAGCACACCCGCGUGGGUGCAGACACCUCUCAGGACAUCCAGCUCUUUGGCAUCGGGAUUCAGCCGGAGCACUGUGCCCUGGACGUCUGCCCAGAUGGCGAUGUCACCUUGGUGCCCAUCGGCAACGCCAGGACCUGUGUGAAUGGUACAGUGGUUGACUCCUUGGUGCACCUAUGGCAUGGAGAUCGUAUCUUAUGGGGAAACAACCACUUCUUCAGAAUCAAUUUGCCGAAACGGAAGCGGCGGGACCGUUUGAAGGAGCUGGAGAGAGCUUCACCCAGGGAGAGCUUUGUGGAGGCAGAUGUGGAAACGGCCAGCGAGGCUUCCUCCGAGCAGGACUACAGCUAUGAGUUUGCCCAGAUGGAAGUCAUAAUGAAGACUCUUGGAAACAAUGACCCGAUGCAGAAUGUGGUCCAGGUGCUGGAGAAGCAGUACCUGGAGGAGAAGCGCACUGCUCUCGAGGAGCAAAGGCUCAUGUAUGAACGGGAGCUGGAGUCGCUACGGCAACAGCUGUCUCCGGAGAAGACACAGCAGUACCACCGAAACAGCAGCGAGCGCCUCGCCUACCCGACACACACUCCCCACGGCAAGCUGAGGCUGUGGACAGAGGAACGGGACGAGCUUUUCCGCCAGAGUCUGUCUCGACUCAGGGAGCAGGUCGUCAAGGCCAACACUUUGGUGCGAGAAGCCAACUUUUUGGCUGAGGAAAUGAGCAAACUCACCGACUACCAGGUCACCCUUCAGAUUCCUGCUGCCAACCUCAGUGCCAACCGCAAGCGUGGAGCAAUCGUGAGCGAGCCAGCCAUUCAGGUACGUAGGAAAGGAAAGGGGACCCAGGUGUGGACCAUUGAGAAGCUGGAGAACAAACUGGUCGACAUGAGAGACCAUUACAGAGACUGGAAAGAAGGCAAAGAGGAACAGCAUAACAAAUCAAACAGAAAGAGCUGUGAUUCUUUCUACGAGGGCCAAGAGAACCACAACCUGAUCGGCGUGGCCAAUAUUUUUCUAGAGUGCCUUUUCCAUGAUGUCAAAUUACAAUAUGCUGUCCCAAUCAUCAGCCAGCAGGGAGAGGUAGCAGGCAGGUUGCACGUGGAGCUCAUGCGGGUGAGCGGAUCGGUACCGGAGCGCCUCUCCGGGGGAGACGACUCGUCGGAGAACUCCAGUGAAAGCAGCUGCUAUGAGGUCAUGGACACCAACGGGGAGAUUGUGCACAUGGCCAGAAGGCUCACCUGUAGGGUGAGGAUCAAGGAGGCCACGGGACUGCCGCUCAACCUGUCCAACUUUGUCUUCUGUCAGUACACCUUCUGGGAGCACAGCGAGCCCACCGUGGCUCCUCCCAUGGUCAGCCCAGAUGCUCCCUCCCCUCGAAGCCCAGAUUCUCAGUUUACAGUCCAGUUUGAUCACUCCAAAGACCAUGUUGUGCAUGUGACAGAUGAGUUUUUGGAGUUUAUAUCAGAUGGUGCUUUGGCUAUCGAAGUGUGGGGCCACCGCUGUGCCGGGAACGGCCGUGCGCCCUGGGAGUUAGACGUUCUGGAGGCAAAGACCCAGACGCUCCGAGACAGGUGGAACGAAGUGUCUCGCAGGAUCGAGCUGUGGAUCUCCAUCCAGGAGCUGAAUGAGCAGGGGGAGUACACGUCUGUGGAGCUGCAACCUUCAAAGGACGUCAGCACGGGAGGCAUCUUCCAACUCAGACAGGGUCAUUCCAGGAGACUCCAGGUGUGUGUGAAGCCGGUACAGAACUCGGGCACACUGCCUCUGCUGGUGGAGGCUGUGCUGUCUGUGUCGAUCGGCUGCGUGUCGGCUCGCUCCACUAAGCUGCAAAGACCACUGGACAGCUACCAGAAAGAGGCGGAAGACGAUAUGGAUAGUUAUCAGGAGGAAGACCUGAACUGCGUGAGAGAGCGCUGGUCAGACGCCCUCAUCAAACGCCGGGAGUAUCUUGAUGAGCAAAUCAAGAAAAUCAUCAACAAACACGAAAAGUCGGAGGAGGACGUGGAGAGGGAGGCCCGGCUGGUGGAGCAGUGGGUCGGCCUGACUGAGGAGAGGAACGCAGUGCUGGUGCCGGCAGCUGGCAGCGGCAUCCCCGGAGCUCCUGCAGACUGGAUCCCACCUGCAGGGAUGGAGGCUCACAUUCCUGUCCUAUUUCUGGAUUUAAAUGCGGAUAAUCUGACAGUGAAUGAGCAGCUGACGGGACCACACACUGCUGGAGUUAACUCUAUCCUGCCCAAAGAGCAUGGCAGCCAGUUUUUCUACCUGCCUAUCAUCAGACACAGCAAUGAGGAGGUGCUGGCUGUGUGUUCCUGGGACUCGUCGAUCCACGACUCUGUGCACCUCAACCGGGUCACGUCACCCAACGAGCGCAUCUACCUGAUCAUUAAAGCCACCGUGCAGCUCAGCCACCCGUCCUCCAUGGAGCUGGUCCUCCGCAAGAGGAUUGCUGUCAACAUCUACAACAAGCAGAGUUUCACUCAGAGUCUCAAGAGGAGGAUGUCUCAAAAGAACAUGCUUUCCUCCUGCGGUGUCAUCUAUGAGAUUGUUUCCAACAUACCAAAGGCAUCAGAGGAGCCAGAGGAGAGAGAAACCUUAGCCCUCAUGGCUGCUCGAGGCGACAGUGAAGAAACUCAGGAUGGAGACACAUACAUAGAGAAAUACACCAGAGGGGUUCUGGAAGUGGAGAACAUUUUGAGCUUAGAGAGACUAAGACAGGCUGUGACGGUGAAGGAAGCGCUUGCAGCUAAAGGGAGACAUUUGCGAAGGAGCGCAAGCACACCAAAUGUACAGCAUUCUUCGUGCAGUAAAAUAGACCUGACUGAGGAUGAAGAUGGCAGGACUCAUCAGGAGCUCUGUGAUCAUGCGGACAGCUCCAAUUGCAACCCUCAAGAUGUCUCCCUUUGCACCACACCCAUUAAAAACAAUCAGAACUCAGGAUCGGGUCCAGAGAGUUCCACCUUCUUCAGCGCCAGCCCCUUCAAAGCUCUUUCCCCUCAGCCACCCAAAUUCCUCAAGUCUUUGCUUCCUGUCAAAGAGGAGAACAAGGCAAAGAAAGCACUGGAGGCUCGGCCGCUGCUGGGAAUGACGAGCAUGCGCUCACUUGUGGACAGCCCUGCACUGCUCCCCUCUCCCUGCUCCUGGCGCCGACCCAGGGCAGGCAGCGAGGGCCACUGCAAGCCUUCCACCCCCACCUCCGCUGUCACCAGCAGGCAGCUCAGCCGCACACAGUCACUCACUGCUCACGACUCUGAGGACGAGGACGCGGAUGUCUCUCUGAAUCUAAAUCGGGGCCCACUGGACCAAAGCACCUACCAGAGUUACAUCCCAGAGGACUUUGCAAACUUUGAGAUAUACAACGCCACUCUGGAGAGCCAUGACGGGUUUCGCUCUGACUCGAAGGGAAGCCGGUGUGGAGGUGGGAGCGGUGACAGGGACGUGUCCCGAAGCCCCACGGCCAGCAGCUGCACCAGCGGCUACUUUUCCCACAGUGAAUCCAAUGCCACUCUGUCCGACGUGCCUUUCAGCACCAGUGAAAGCUCCGACCACCUGAGCUGUCCCUCCAGAGAGUCCCACGACCCUGCUGGGCGAAGCUCUGCACAGACCAAAAGUGUUGCAGCAGGGGGCAACGUGGAGCAGCCUCCUUCAGCGUGUGGUGCUUGUGAACAGCUCAUCCAUCCACCCUCUUCACCUGUCACUAUUCCUAACUGCACAAGUAAGCAGCACAGUGUCCCACUGCCUCAUAAUUGUAUCCUCAGCACCAGCCAGGAGUUCACUGACUUUAAAGGGGCUGAUGACAGUGUUGGAGAAGGGGAUUUGGCUCAUUUUACUGAGAAAUGGGGACAGGAUGGUUUGGAAAUUUCUACAAGCCACCCGAAGGAACCAGAACAUGUAAAGACUCACGACAAUGACAAUCAGCUCUCGUCUGACACUGACAAUGUAAUAUUCAGAUGUCCUAACGUCGCAAACCCUGCCAGCAUAGCUGUGUCUAGCGCCAACACGAAAGUACCGAGCACUUCGUUAAACGCCCCAAUCACUGCACCCGAUAGAGGCCUGACCCUGACCUCCUCCUCCAAAGAUCCCUCUACAUCACUCCCACUUCCAGCGUCAGCGUCUGAAAUCAAACCUUUACCAACAGCGCGAUCCUCUGGCCCAGCUCAAAGAGCGGGAGGAGAGCCUCCUAUCCAGGAACCAGCGCAGGGAGAUCUGCCUCACGGGAGCCCCUGCCCCAGUCCGAACCCCAGCAGCGCAGAGCCCUCCGGAGACUCCAGCGGGGAUGAGAGCACCCCUGUAGCUCAGCUUCCUGACUGGAUGGCACCUGGGGAGCAGGUGUGGGUAGGGAAGAGAAGAGGAACAGUCUAUUAUGUAGGAGGAGUGGAGUUCGCAAAGGGGAUCUGGAUUGGUGUCAAGCUGGAUGUGGCAAUGGGUAAGCACAACGGGACUGUCCAAGGCAGAGUGUACUUCCGCUGUCCCCCAGGCCACGGUGUGUUUGUCAAACCAUCUCGGCUCACCAGAGGGCCUCCCUCCAUGGAAACAGAACCCCAGACUUUCAUCAAACAGGACCCAAAGAAGAACUUGCUCUCUGAGGGAUGUGAAUGACCCAGGAGUGACUCCUCUCCUUCACGUCCCGAGUCUGACCCCGACGGCUAACUUCUGACCACUGAUGUGCUGUUUGUGUGGAUGCUUUGCUCAAAGGCAUAUCUUACCUGUGCAUUUAAUGAAGUAUUUUUUGUAGUUGCUGUUCACUGAAAAAACAAACAAAAUCACUAUGCACAUAUCUGAGUUUUCUAUAUGCUCAUAUUUUUAUAGAGGACUCGACUUUUAUCUGGGAAUAUUAUCCGCCUAAGUUUUCUUACAUUGCUUCUGAAGAAUAUAUGUAAUAUUUUUGUAUUACAGAACGCGACCCUCUCUGAGGCUCAUCAUGAAGUGAUCUGGGAUUCGAAGAUUAAGAAUGUACUACUGUUCAUAAACUUUUGAUAUUUACGUCAAUAUGUUACGUCAGGGCUAACCAAAGAACUACGGUUCCAUAUCUGCUGUUACAAGUGUUAUGUUGUAUUUUUUUUUUCCUAUUGUAUCUACACAUGGACACCCUCACUAUAAAUCGACAUGUCCUCGUAAAGCUUAGUGCCAUAUCUGUAGGAGCAAUGCCACGUAAAGUUGAAACAGGAGAAAUCUGCCAAACCUGGGAGCAGCUUUCAGCGUUCGCUGGCAGGAAUUACCCUGUUGAUGUACUGUAACACUGUGGAGGAAAUAAAUCCCGUUCGGCUUGAGACUGAAUGAGAAAAGGUUGCACUGGAAAGGAUUCUUGGGAAGCUCUCCGACUGUCUUCCAUACAGGACAGAUUAAACGUUCGUAACCCUGACGACUGUGAGUGAUUGCUCAGAAGCCUGGAUAUACAAAUAUAUGCCUUAUUGUGUUAUUUGCAAAGACACCCCCUGUAUAAUUAGCUAUAAAUCAUAUCAAAAGAGUAUGGACCUUAUGUGAAAUGCAGAAUACGAUCCUUCCUGUCAUGGUGGAUUGGAUGAAUAUUUAGAAACAACAGAUUUAUUAAGGUAAGAAGAUUACUUUUCCUCUAAAGUUUUUUUUUUUAAUGAAAGUUAUAACCUGUCCAGAAAAAUAAUCAAGCUGCAAUUUCACUUAAACAUAACAAACCCAAGACCUUACUUUAAAGAAGAGAACAAAGCUGCUCUCCCUAAUAAGGAGUUGUUAAUGUAAAUGUAUUUGAACAUAGUAUUUACACUAUUGUACAGAAUUGUAUUUAUAAUGUAUCUUGUUGGUACACAGUGUUCUAGAAUAGAACAUUUACAAUCAGUUUUUGUGUGUUGUCUCUUCAUUUAAAAA